GGGAGGAAAAAAGAAAAGCUCUUGGGGAGCCAGUCACUGUAUGCUGAUCCUUUGGGCAGUUUGGCCAAAGACCUGCUGAAUUCAGAGGAGCCUAAAGGUUGCUCUCACUUUUUCUUCUGCUGUUAAUCAUCAAUAAAUUCUCCAUCCUCAGAGGAUUUAUAAGAAGUUGAAGGAACUAUGGACUUUGAAAAUAAGGGUAGCUAUGUUGACUCUAGUAUCUAAGAAUUUCCCGGUGCUGGCAAAAUAGCACAGAAACUGACUUUAUGGGGUGGUGAAGAAGAAAAAGAAUGCCACAGCAACAACAGCAACGUCGAAUGUUCACGGCUGCUCUCCUGGCACUUGUCUUCAUUCUGGCAGCAGUGAGUACCACUGAGGCUGGAAAGAAAGAGAAACCAGAGAAAAAGGCCAAGAAGUCUGACUGUGGGGAAUGGCAGUGGAGUGUCUGUGUGCCCACCAAUGGAGACUGUGGUCUGGGGACACGUGAGGGCACUCGCACUGGAGCAGAGUGCAAACAAACCACCAAGACUCAGAAGUGUAAGAUUCCCUGCAACUGGAAGAAGCAAUUUGGAGCAGAGUGUAAAUACCAAUUCCAGGCCUGGGGAGAAUGUGACUUGAAUACUGCCUUGAAAACUCGAACUGGGAACCUAAAGAGAGCUCUUCAUAAUGCUGACUGCCAGAAGACUGUCACAAUCUCAAAGCCCUGUGGGAAGCUUACCAAACCCAAACCUCAAGAAUCCAAGAAGAAGAAAAAGGAAGGCAAGAAACAAGAGAAGAUGCUGGAUUAAUGGAGCCAACUUGGGCAAUGUGAGAAAGGGACAUCAGCAAACAUGAUCGGUUAACAGUUUCAUUUAUACCUAGGCAUUUUACCCUAAAAUUAUUUAUAGCUUAAUGGUACAAUAGAAGGAAACAAGCAAACACAGACAAAAAAUAUCCUUUUUUAUUUACUUUAGUAUUUUUAAUGUAUAACCCUAACAACAAUUUUAGAGGCCUGUCGUAAAGGAUUCCAAACUCAUUUAGAAAAUUCUGUCUAUUGCAUAUUGAACAGUGUAGAGGUUUUUAAAAUAUUUUUUUCUCAAGUCUUGCUGUAGGUCUCAGUCUUUUAACUACUCCAUGCAAGCAGAAUUUGAACCUGUGUAGAGCCCUGCUGAACCCAGUGAUAACCCUGUGUGGAUGCAGGAGUCUGGUUGGGUGCAGUUAUAUUUAAAAUUAGGACCAUAUGAGUGAAACAACAAACAAAUACUGUUUCUUAAGUUGUUGUUACAUCUGGAUAACUGUAUGAAGUUAUUUGUUUAAGGAGAGGAUGGGGGCAUUUUGUUGAGCAUUUGCAGGCUAGGAAUUUUUUUCUGUGUGUGGUGAAUGUUCAUUCCAAACUGUAAUAGUCUGGGUAAAAACAGUAGUGUUCAUAUCUUGGUUCCUGGCAGUAAAAAUAGUAAAAUCUUUCAGUGGUUUGAUAUAGCAGGUUCCUAAACUUUUAGGUUUUUGUAGAAAAGGUAUUUUCUACAAAAAUAUCUAGGUGGAAAGAUAGCAAGACUCUUCUUCUUUACCGUAUUGACACUGGUGAAUGACAAUGUCAUCUGUUUUACCUGCAAAAGCACAAACAUGCUUUAUUUCUUUCUUCCUUUUUAAUUUAUUUUUUAUUUUUUUCCCCAGAAUGGAGAAUAUCUUUUUCAUAAAAAUCUAAUUGAAAUUGUUGCUAUUCUACCUGACCCAACUCUCUUUUGUAUUAGUGAGAAUCUUCCUGCAGAUUUUAACUAUAACUGGUUGAAAGUAGAAAUUAUGUAUAGUGGGAAGAAACAGAACAAAUCAGUUUGGAAACUAUCUAAGAUGGCUCGUAUUUCUGACCAGAAAAGGGGCACUUUAUGAGACUUGAAACAAAUAAGAAUGAAAUUAAUUUUUAGUUUCAUUUGUCUAUUAGUAAAGCAGAAGGGAAAUGUCAAGAUGGUACCUUUUGCUUCCUUCCAUUUUUAAAUAAGUAAAAACACCUUGGAAAAUCUUAGCCAUAAAGAUAUAUUUUUUUCUUUUAAUUUCAUUUUUAACUCAAAAAGGAAAAAAAUAUAAAACCUGUUGUUUUUCUGUUUUUUUUUACAUAUUUCAAAUGAUAAUGAGUCCUGAGAAAAGUCAGAGUAGAAAAAAGAUCUUGCAAUGAGUUGGUGUAUCCUCAGGUGAAAGAUUGUUUUACAAGCCAAACAACGUUCAGACCAGAUAUAUUAGAAGAAACCUAUGGGAUUUCAAGUGCUCAAAUUCUUUUAAAAACCACCCUUUAAAAAUUAUAAGUCUUAAAUUUCGUAAGCAAGAAGUAACCUUCACUGUUGGUGUAGGCUCCAGGCUUUGCCUGCUGGUCAACAGGAAGUCUCCCAAAGUCUCCCUUUUGCUCCUGCAGAUACUCAUUGACUUCAGUGAAACUUCAUCAGGGUGCAAUCAUCUGGGUAAAUCACAAUGCUCUUUUGGAAUUAGCUUAUAGAAAUGCAGAGUCUUUUACUGGUCUAUCUUCUCACUUCCCUUUUCUAAGCAGAAAAUAAAAAUUAAAAAAAGCAGAGCUUGUCCUCUUUUAUUCUCGCACAUGGGGACUAUAGCUGAUCUGAACUCACGGUGAGGCAAGUCCUUCUGUAGACGUUCCCGAACCCUUCUGAAGCCAAGCUGCACAUAGCUCAAGAUAGACUAGUCACAAAUAUUUCUCAGACUCCUUGGGUGUGUUUUGCAGUCUUUGUUGAUGUCCUUGUUAUUUUGGCUAUACUAUUAGACAUACCUGAGACAGUGAUAUAGUUAAUGUCCCAGAUAUGGUGGACGUGCAAUGACCAAACCCAAAAUGACAAGUUGUAAUUCAUAAAGGCUUUUAUUUAGCUGAUGCUGGGUGCUAUUUUUUUUUUAAUUAUUUCAUUUUUUUAAUUUUGUUUUGUUUUAUGGUCUGAUCAGGUCUGCUUAUGUUUAUGCCUCAGACUUGAACUAAUGAAUUGGUAGAUCUGAUUGAUGACAAAGGGAAGAAGAAGCUUUUUCACUCACCAAAGGUUUUGUCUGUCUAAAUGCUGCAUCAGUUCACUUGAAGUGGCUCAGCUUUGAGUGUAGACACUGUUGCACCAUUGUCUUACAUGAGUUAAUCUAGUCCACUUUUCACAGGGAGCUGGCAGGAGUUGGGAUUGAUGCUGAGACUUACAGUAUGACUCUCCAUUAGCAAACCUUAGAUAUGACUUCUGUUUUUUACUUUUAUGAGUAGAAAGAAAACAAAUUCCCUGUGCUUCCUCCAUCACCUUUUGUCCCUUAGAAUUAACUGCCCAUCUGGAUUGCAGAAGAAACAUUCCUGAUAGUUUUUGAAGGAGGUCAGUCAAAUUCCCAUUGUUACAAUGGUAGUGUAGGGCCUCCAUGGAGAGAGUUUACAGAAAUCAAACAAUCAAACAAACAAAAUGUCAUGUUAGGACCAGCAGAAAGUACAACAGUCCUGUGAGCAAAGGACGUGAAAUAGGAAGACUUCCUCUGUACCUCUCAACCACAUAUAUCUGAGUCUAUAUUUGCGUCUUAUUGUUAACAUGUAUAUAUCAAACUUUACUCAAAUGGCAGCCUUUUUCUGGGAGAUCUAAGUGCUCAGAAAAGAGAGAGGUGAGUUGCUGAACAUCAGAAAAGGGUGAUUCUGCAUCCAGUCUCUGGAUUUCAGCAAGUUUAAAUUUAGGGUAGUUUGUGUAUAGCUCCCCACUACUUCCUCUAAGUAAGCUGAGCCAUGCUUCCAAGCAAUUAGGCCUGUCUGUAUCUUGAUUUAAAUCAGUAUUUGAGGAUUGGGGCAUUUUAACACUUCGGCACAUUUCCUGGCAGAAGUGCCCCUAUUGAAAGAGAGUCAUUGCUUGUCAGCCUGGCAUAUUUCACAGACUGUUAAGUGCAGCAAGACUACAGCAUAAAUUAUGUUUUAGGGUAAGGCCCCAGGAGGAGAAAACAUUUGCUGUACAUGUACAUUCAGGUAAAUACUAAUUUCUGGUUCUCAUCUUCUAAUCAUACUACUACUUGUACUGUUUUUUUCAAGGGAGAAAAAUAAGCAGAAAUACAGGAGUAUUAAUUACAAAACAUAUCAACAGACAAUGUAGCAUUGUUCACAGGGCCAUUAUCAAGAAGAAGGAAAUACUAUCAGGAGCAUUUUAUGCAAACUUCUUUUUCUUGCUUCUUUGGUUUGAGAAGGCAGGAUUACUUGGUGUCACAUUUGCUUUUCAGCUUUGCUUUAUUUGUGCCUUAAUGAAAACUAGGCGAUUAUAGGAUGUUACUGAAAAUAUGGAGGAGUCCCCACUCCAUCCUCAAAAGAAGGCAUCCAUCAGGAGGCAACCUGGCUUUUCUUCAGUCUAGGAAUCUGUUCUUUUUUCCUAUGCAUGAAUAUAUUUUCUGUACUAAGUUGCUAUUGAAAUUGCUCUGCAACAACAUUAACAAUGUAGAAUUCCUGAUUUUCCAAAGCUAAAUAUUGUUCAGGUACACUAUUCUGACAUGACACAAUAAUCUUUUACAUCUCCCAAAUUCUCAUACUAAGGGGAAGCAUGUGAAUGAGGGUAGACAUCUCUUAUUCAAUCUUUUAAAACUCUCUAGGAGAGCAUCUUAUGCAAAUUUCUGACUAUAUUCUCUACUGUAUGGGGACAGAUUGCACCUAUUGCUUGCUCUCCACCAGUCACCCCUAAUUUUGAUAGUAUCAGUAGGUUUUCCAACAAUUUUGCUAAGGCAAUCUACCUCCCACCUAACCUCUGCAGACAUUUUUGAUCCUUCCUAAUGCUAAGGGAUAUAUCCUCCACUACUUGCUGACUUGUAAAACACUUCCAGCAAGCCUCUACCAUCAGAUACCUCUUAUUGUGACCUUCUAACAUUAAAAAUAAAUGAAACAGUGAACAUGUUCAUCAAAAGAUAACAGUGAACAAAAAAAUAUAAGAAUGAGCAAAUCAGUUCUCUGUAUUUGUUGUGAGGGUGGCUUGCUCGGUCAUAGCUCAACCUGAGUGAGGCUUUCUAUGGAAAAGAAAUGCAUCACAUAUAAUGAAGAGUAGAGAGAGUGAUGAAAGAAUGGCUACUCUCAAACAGAAGAGCCCCUUAGCUACGUAAACAGAGCAAGAAGUUGGAUCAUUUCCCAGUGCAUUCUCUUAUACCUUUAGGUUAAAUGGAAGAAACAUGGUGCAUAGAGCUUCAUGUAUAGGGAGUUCUGUCUGAGCAAAUUAGAGUGUGGAAGGACACUAUUGUACUCCAUGGAUAACUGAAUUUGAAGAAGAUCUAGAUAGUAUUUUUCAUAGCAACAGAAAUGUUCAUGUACUUUUGGACUGAAACUAAACAAUGAGGUGUAAUAAUUCUUCCAGUGUUCCCCUUCUGCCACUCUUCUGCCUUGUGGUCCCAUCACUCUGACCUGAGCAGAAAUGUGAUAUUUCAGGGAAAAUAUGAGAACUCAGCUAUACUCUCUGUCAUCACAUUGGUAGGGCUGUGCAAGCCCUCUAUCAUUUCUGCAGUUUUUCAUUUAAAUGUGGAGUGUCUUGACAUCAUAAGUUGCUGAAAAAUAAGUACAUAUCUAAAAUCACAACUGAAAGCGUGAGUCAAGUGUGUGAUUUUUCUGAUGAAACAAAACAGACACUCUCCAAGUGUUUCUAUUUUGGAAAGUCAUUCAAAGUUAAAGACCGUACAAAAACUUUACCAUUGAAUUCUGUGAUGUAAAGCUAGGAAAAUGAAUAGCCUCUGCAGGGCUGUCUUACCCUUAGCCAACUUCAUUUAAUUAAUUACACUGUUUGAAUUCCUUCAGCCUAAUCUACUUGGCAACCAGACACUAUCUAACUUUUCUCAGUGGGUGAUUCAUUACGCUUCCUAUAUUAUAAUUAUAUAGCUCAUCUAGGUUAUUACAGCUGAAGAAAAUGGCUCUGGUAGUCCAGAGACUGUGGUGGUCACUGAAAGGACUUGCAGCAGAUGCAGGCUACUAUUGUUGCCUCUUGGAGCUAGGAACCACCUCAUCAGGAUGUCAGUCAAACACAGCAUCUUUAAAUAUACGCUCAUAUAUAUUGCAUAUAUAUAAAGAUCCAUGUACAUUGAAGCAAAAGUAUAUAAAAAAAGUGCAUCCAUAACUCAAAAUGUGACUCGCAGCUAGUGCUGCCGUGUUUUAAAGCUAAAGCAGAAGUGAGAGAACUUUUGGCCUGUGUUCUGUUUUUUUUUUAAUAAAAGAAUAGUAUAUAGGCUGGAGAAUCAGGUUUCUUCUCUUCCCCAGCAUAUUUCUUUAAAGAUAGCUGUGCCCAAGGAAAAUGCAAACACACACCAACAAAAUGGCCAAUAGGACUUAGUAUCAAAGUGACAUUCUCUUCUAUCACAAUAAGUACAUGGAAGGGCUUUAUGCAAAGCUUCAAAGUGGAAGAACUGAUUAAGUGUGAACAUAGAAACCCAAGAAGAAAAAGGCUUUUUCUCUGCAAAGAAAAAGGAAAAAAAAAGAAAAAAAAAAAACAACAGAAAUCCUCUUGAUACCUGUGGUUUGGGUGCUAAGUAAGAGAAGAAAUGAAAGUGAAAAUAACAAAUUAAAGCCUGAGUAUCAUGUUCAAUGGAUUUCUAAUUCUGUAUAUAUCUAUUAAACCAGUUCUAUAUAUCUUCUCAUGAAAUAUGUUCUUUAUGCUGUUCCUUUUCUUUUUUCUUUUAUUUUUUUUCCAGUUUGUAUAUUGAUUUUGUAAGCUAGUAGUGUGUUACCUUUUCAAUUUUUUAAAACUUGUAUGAAAGCCAUAUAUCCACAUUAUAGAAUGAAAGCAUUAAUCCUGUAACAUCCUUAAUGUUUCCCUUAGCUCUGUGGGAUUGUGGGAGGUUCUAGCGAAUGUAUAUGUUUACCAAUUGUAUCAACAUAAUUUACUUGCUCUUAGUGGCGAUAAAGAAUUAAAUAAACUAAUACACAGAAA